GGAGGUGACCCCACGUCAGGCUUCGUCCAAAUCCCAAUCAAAACAUUCCAUCCAAUCAUGGCAACACAUAUCAGCCCCCUCCCUCCAAUCCUCCAUCCCAACAGGUAAGCCAGCCGGCCCAAAGCAGGCAUCAAAGAACCCAAACCUGGGGCUGACGUCCCAAGCGAAUGUCCCAAGCACAUUUUUCCAGAACGAAUACUUCUAAAACCCCCCCCCCCCUCUUAUUUCCCAUUUCCAUCUCCACUUGUAAACCGAAGCGAACGACUUGGGUAUCUAUAAAAAAAAGCAAAAGAAGAAGAAGAACAACAGCGAACAAUAAAACUAAUACUAAAAAACGGGUGAUUGGUUGGGUUGGUUUGGCCAUGGGGAAAUUCCACAAGAAAGACAUGUCAAAGUGGUGGUGGUGGUGGGAAUCCAGGAUAAAGCAAGCCUUGCCCCCACCCCCUCCGCCUGUGCUCUUUACGACGCGCCGUUAACUAUAUGCCGCCCGUCAUCAAACGAUGAGAUUCGCUGUAAAAUGCUGAGCAAAUGAUAAAACUCCAUGGAAUGCAUUAAUCGUCAAGGUCAUCACACCGG